CACAACAAAGGCACCUCAGCAACUCCUCUCCAUAAAUACUACGCAGAGCCGUAGCUCCAGAGACCGUGCCACGGUGCGAGCAAGAAGGUCAAACGCAGGAUCGUCUGGGGCUGGGAGCUAGCCGAGGAAAAGAUCGAUCAUGGGGCUGGGAUUGGGUUGCUUCGGUGGCCCCGCCGGAAGAAAGGUGUCUCCUGCCGCAAAGCAAUUGGGAGGAGGUCUAGAAGCGAAGCAGCAGCAGGUGGCAAAAGAGGAGGCGUCAGGUGGUGUCGUCGAAGAGAAGAAGAUGGGAGGUGAGCCGGCCAAUGUUGCAGCAGGGAGGAAGGAGAAGAAGAGGGAUCGGAAGGCUCCCAUCGUCAUGCCUCAGUUCCCCUUCCAUUCUCGCCCCGGAUUGCUGUAAUUGGUUCUUCAUUCUGAGGAGAGCUAGUAGUCCAGUAGUAUGUAAGAUUAUCUCUUGUUCCUUGGAUGAUCAGCGGUGCAAUUAAUUAGUUCUUUGAUCU